AAAGACAAUUGAAAAGUAAUAAAGCUGAAGAUAGAAUAAAUAAUGAAUAUCUAAUUGGACAGCCAAAAGGAGCACUCACUAUUCUUGAUGAAUAUGAUAAAUUUAAUAUUGCAUUACUAUAA